UAUUAUGAAUUUUCUGUAUCGCUUAGUUUUUUUUUUGUUCUGUGAUUAUAUCUCGUUCAAUCGACGAUUUUGGUUAUGUUCGCUAUUUCUUUCAUUCAAUGUAGAGAUGAAUACAGAUCAGCUGAUUUUGACAUUUUUGUAGGUAGAUUUUGAAAGAAGAAACAUCAUUGCAUUGAACUAUGAAAGGAAUGUGUGAUGGAUGUGUUGCCACAAUGAAUGUUCACGAAGUGAAUGGAAAACAUGAAAGUGUUCGAGAUUUCUCUGAACUGGAAUCGGAUGCACAGGAGCUCAUAAAUGCAGCCAUUGAAGCGAGAAAAUUUUCAUAUAGCCCGUACAGUAAGUUCAAAGUGGGUUCUGCAAUUCGAACAAUGGAUGGAACCAUAAUUGGUGGAUGUAACGUUGAGAAUGCCGCCUAUGGUCCAUCAAUUUGUGCAGAAAGGACUGCAGUAUGCAAAGCCAUCAGUAUGGGCCAUUCCGAAUUUAAAGCGGUCGCUGUUGUCGCAUACCAAGAAGAUUCAUUCACUACUCCGUGCGGAGUAUGUCGUCAAGUAUUGUCCGAAUUUACAAAGGAAGAUAUUCCAGUUUAUGUUGCCAAACCAUCACCUUGCCGAGUUCUUGUGACUUCGAUCAAAUCGUUGCUUCCAUUUUCAUUCGUACCAUUGCCAACCAACUGAAGCUGAUAAUAAAUAUCAUAUAUCAAUGAUUUUACAAGUU